CUAUUUGGUGUUAUAUGUGAUUGAUAUGCCCAUUCAGGCUUCAGCUUCUGAACAUCAUAGGUUGCAGUUUCAAGUUUACUUCCUCAUCACUGUUGUUUUCUUUGCAAAAGAAGGCGAUGAGUGUAACCUAACUCCAAUGAAGGCAAAUUAUCUAGCACCAGUGACAAUGCAUUUUGAACAAGGCCUUGGCCAGAAGUUCAGACAGCCCUCUGGAACACGGAUUGACUUCUCCAUGUUUGAGGAGUCAGAGCUACUGAAAGAGGGCGAUGAAGUGGAUAUUUAUCCUCUAGCAGUUAAGGCAGAGGCAUCCCCUGUCAACCAUAGUUCAGAAGGGAACCCAGUAUCAGGAGUCACAAAUUCUCAGAUAACUCGGGCUGUGUUUGAGAAGGAGAAAGGUGAAUACCAGCUGAAAGUAGUGGAACAGAUUCUCUGGGUACAUGGGAUUAGGAGUGUGCUUCAGGAAAUUUAUGGAAUCGGGAAUUCUGUUGAUGGUGAUGGUGAUGUUGAUGCUAAUGAUCCGGGAAAAAAAUGUGUUAUUUGCCUUUCAGAACCACGGGAUACAACUGUCCUUCCCUGCAGGCACAUGUGUAUGUGCAGUGGCUGUGCAAAGGUCUUUAGGUUCCAGACCAAUCGAUGCCCAAUUUGCAGACAGCUAGCUUUUUUUUGUGGUAGAAGCAGACAGCUAGUUGCGUUGCUUUUGGAGAUGAAGGUCAACAAUGGCACUGAUGAAUGAAAAGAUGACAUAUUCUUGUCGCUAGCUUGCUUGUUGUAUAGUAGUUUGCUGUCUUUUUUACAAAAAGUACAAAUAAUGAUAUUAAUUUUAU